AAUCCUCUCUCUCUCAGGCGUCCACCGAAGAGUUUAGGGCAAGAUUUCAGGCGAGGUUCCAGUGACUUCCGGGCAGUUUACGGCCAAGAGUUUACACCAGACUGGUUUGAUUGGUAAAUUGCUGCGGUUCAGCCACGGUUCGGUUGCCGGUCCAGUCUUGACAACAUAACUCCCAAUUUCUAGGGUUUCUUGGGUCUUAGGGUUUAGCAGCCAUGGCGACUACAAGAGUUCAACGUAUUAUGACCCAGCCUAUUAAUCUCAUUUUCCGGUUCCUCCAGAGUAAAGCUCGGAUCCAGAUUUGGCUUUUUGAGCAGAAGGAUUUGCGAAUUGAAGGGCGCAUAAUUGGGUUUGAUGAGUAUAUGAAUCUGGUCCUGGAUGAUGCUGAUGAACUCAACAUCAAGAGAAACACCAGGAAGCCCCUUGGCAGGAUUCUUUUAAAAGGUGACAAUAUUACUCUCAUGAUGAGCACGGGAAAAUGAUUGGAGGAUCUGGAGCACUCAUACCCGAUCGCGUUUGGAUCGUAUUAUCAUGUGUCUCCAUCCUUGCACUUGAAUUUUAAAAUCUUAGAACACUCACAAAUCCUCAUUUACAAUCAGAGCCUUCUUUGUACCUAUGUUGUAUUCGCUUUCCAUUUUGAAGUAAAAUAGUUGUUUCUCAUUUA